ACUGGUACGAUUCUUCAUUGCAGAAUCUUCUAGUUUCACUGUUCAUCUUGAAUUAUUGGUUUUAUUAAUCCUUUGAUUCUUUAUUUCUUUCUGUCUUUUUGUUUCUUUUUAUUUGGCGUAUUUGUGAUUCGAGUUGACUUGAUGAUUCUUUGCUGGUUGUGAAGGACGAAUUUAUUUUAUCUGCCAAAAAUGCCGGAAGAUUUUCAUACUGAGCGCCCUUUGUUUGGUGGUGCUAUUGUUAGCACCUUUCCUGUUAGAUUUCAGGAUGUGAGCAAUGUUCGGCAAGUCCCUGAUAAUCAGGAGGUAUUUGUGGACCCUGCACGUGAUGAAAGCUUGAUCUUCGAGCUUUUAGAUUUUAAGCAUGAUGUUGCAGAUAAUGGAAGUGCCACCUGGUUUCUUCAGGACCUUGCUAAUGAACAAGAUGCAGAGGGUUGCACGCUGAUUGAGCAGUCUGGAGUAGUUGAGGCCCCUAGUUUCCUUUACAGGAAUGUUCCUGCAGUUGUUACCACUGCUGUUGGCCAAAUGGCGAUUUCUAAGGGACGACAAGGAAGGGAAGCGCAAAAUGUUGUUAGGGUUUAUUUGGCCAAUCUACGUCUUAAGGGAGUUACAACAGAUGUGCUUAUAACUGCAUAUGAACCCAUCUUAAUAAAUCCCCUAAGUGAAAGUGCAAGCACUGUUGGUGCGGGUUUAGCAGUUCCUGCAACACAAUCUGGAUUCCUGCCAAUGUCCGAGGUAUUUAAACUUGCUGUUUCUACCUUCAAAGUCAAUGACUGGAACCUUUUUGGUAGUUCGGCUGCCUGAGUCUUGUGAAAGUUGCAACUACACAGAAACAAGUUCUGCGACCAAAGCAAUGUGAAGGUGUAGUUUAGACGAGAGUUUUAUUGUUUAUUUUCAUGUUUAAAUUAACAUUUAGACAAUUCUGCACAAAGUAGCCCUUCUCCUUAUUUGUUCUUGGUUUGUUGAAUUAAUUAAUAGAUAAACGCAUAUUUUGAUUGCUCGCACGAGACUAUCGUGACUAAAUUGUAUAUUGACAACUGGUAUGAUUAUUUGCUA